AGCCCUAUGGGAAAUCAGUGGACUGGUGGGCUUAUGGGGUUCUCCUCUAUGAGAUGCUAGCAGGACAGCCGCCGUUCGAUGGAGAGGAUGAAGAUGAGUUGUUCCAGUCCAUCAUGGAGCACAACGUGUCCUACCCCAAGUCCAUGUCGAAGGAGGCUGUCGUCAUCUGCAAGGGAUUCAUGACCAAGCACCCAUCAAAGCGUCUGGGCUGUGGUCUGGAGGGCGAGAGGGACAUCCGGGAGCAGGCCUUCUUCAGACGUAUCGACUGGGACCGCCUCGCCAACAGAGAGAUCCAACCGCCAUUCAAGCCUAAAACGGGUGGCAAAGGAGCAGAAAACUUUGACAAGUUCUUCACACGCACCCAGCCCAUGUUGACCCCUCCAGACCAGCUAGUCAUCGCCAACAUUGACCAGAGCGACUUCGCUGGUUUCUCCUACAUCAACCCACAGUUCAUCCACCCUUCCCUCCUUCACAGUGUGGUAUGAGCUGAUAGAUCAGGGAGAGGAGGAAGAGAGAGAAAGAGGUUGGUGAGAGAGCAAGAGAGAGAGAGAGAGGAGAGAGGGGUAGAAGAGAGCCAUUUGGACUGGGACUGGGACAGCAACCCUCCAGAUUGACCACCAAUCCCCUAUUGUCCCUUUGUCAAAGAGACUAAUAUUAUCUUCAUGUGUUCUCUGGACCUCAGACGGCGACAUUCUGUAAACAAGCUGUCCGCGAACGAUCUCGAUUGGAAUUUGUCUGAUACGAUGGAGGGGGUAAGGGAGGGGGGAGGGGUUGGUGUACAGGGGAGUAUGUCUAUCUGGUGAUUGAGCGCAGUAAUCAUGGAUACAUUGAUUUGAGAAGUAGGCCUGCAGCAAGCGUUGACAGUACAGUAAGCGUUGACAGUACAGUAAGUGUUGACAGUACAGUAAGCGUUGACAGUACAGUAAGCGUUGACAGUACAGUAAGUGUUGACAGUGCAGUAAGCAUUGACAGUACAGUAAGCGUUGACAGUACAGUAAGUGUUGACAGUGCAGUAAGCGUUGACAGUACAGUAAGCGUUGACAGUACAGUAAGCGUUGACAGUACAGUAACCGUUGACAGUACAGUAAGCGUUGACAGUACA